CAAUCGACUAUCAAUAGUCGAGUACUCGGCUUUCACCCAAGUCCAUAGUCGAGUUUCAGAACUUUGAGUACUAAAUGUCGAUUACUCGAUUAAUCGCAAGUCGACUUACAUAUCCCUGGGAGCAAAUUUUGUGUUUACAGAAAUUUAUUUUGAUUUUGAUUGUUUUACGAGUUUUCAGACGAAAGAAAUAUUUUCUGUUUCUUUUUGGGAUAUUCUGUAAAUAAGGAAGCAUAAGACGCACAUCGUGAUUUGAGCCAAUGUCGGAAAGUGCGGAGACGACACAGCAAAAAAUGGACAGACGUAAAAAACGCACAUCAACCAAUCAGUACAUGAUGUACAUUGAAAUGAUGGAAAAGGAUCCCAUCUUUGCCACAGGACGCGUACCACGAGAUUAUGAUCCAAACUAUUUGUCGAGAAAAUGGAAGGAACUUUCGGAUAAACUCAAUGGAUGUAGUAAUGGGCCGACAUUGACAUCGGAGGAGUGGCGUAAGCGUCUAAACGAUUGGAAGAACACCACACGCUGUAAAUAUAGACGUAGUAUAUCGGGUGAAAAGGACAUCACCAUGACAUCGCUGGAAAUGCGUGCUUUGGAACUGUUUGGCAAAGUACCGGCCCAAUCAGCACCCGAACAAAUUUCAAUACAUUUCAAAUCAGAAAAAGAAGAGGAUAUAGACGAUAUGGAACAUAUGCCGACCACGGAAACAUUCCAGAAGCAAUUGCAGGCGGCAGUCGAAGAAGCUAUUGGUGACGACGAUGAUCACAUAGUAGAAAACGAAGCUGAAGAGCAUGAAGAGAUAGUACCAGAAAAUAGUCACACUACUACAGUACAGCAUGCGACUACAGUUACAGCGGGGAUUAACCAAAAUAAUGGCCACUCUGGUGGUGGCGGUGGUGCGCCGCCAGGUACAACAUAUCGUACUAUUGUAGUAGAAGACUCUGCAUACCAAGAAGAAGAUAAUCAUCCGGAGGAACAAUUAGAAUUCAUAACGCAUCGACGUUCGACAUGUUCAAGUUCUGGGGUACAAACGGUGGUCACAACACCAUCGGGAACGGUGACAAAAUUGAUAAAUGGUGACAUCCCAUUGAAGAGAUUACGCUCCCAAAUAUCCGAUCAAAUAAUUUAUGAAGUGAAAAAGGCACCACAUUCAUCACGUCCCACUACUUUUACGGUCUCACAUCCACACAUACAACACCAUCAGACACAAACGCAAAGUCAUCAUCAGCAACAACAACAACAGCAGCAGCAGCAACAGCAUCAUCAAACUAUUGUUCAAGAAGUUCCCGCAACUUCAUCAACCUCUACACUGGCCGGUCAGUUAUUUGCAUCACAGGAUAUACGAGAGGUGGCCAGGCAAUUAAAGCGUCUCGCCGAUAUUAAGACAGAGAAACUCAAGUUUGAAAUUGCCCGUUACAAAUUCAAUAAUCCUGGCUUCAAUUACAACUUUAACCCAUUAUAGUAGGAUGAAGCCAACUAUGGGAAUUGCAUACAAACCAAUGUCGACAUGAAUGAAGUUUACUACUCCUAAAAGCAUAUUGUAAAGUUUCAAUGAUUUUUUCUUCUACCCCAGGCUUUGUUAAGAGGCGUCAUAUGUUUCUCUUUUUUUUCUAAACUAAAUGAUUAUUACAACAUAUAAAUUAUUUAAGUAAUUGUAAGUUUGCUAGCCAUUUUAUAUUCUUAUUCUUUAAGAUUUGUAUUGCUCACGAAUGUUUAGUUCUAGUUUUAUAUGAACUAAAUUAUUAAGUUAUCUAUCCCACCUUGUUCAUCCAAUACUGCAAAUACGUUCAGAGAUAGCGUAUUGUAAAAUAUUGAACAACUUUACAGGCCGCCUCUGGUUUGUUUUAAUUAAAACAUUUUAUUAUUUUUACUUGAGCUAGAGCAUAGAUUUCGUGUUGAUUUCUCCUUGACAUUUGUUUUAGAUUUUCGUUAUUUACGUGACUGUGGAUAAGUUUACAUUUAACAUAUAUAAAUAUAGAUAUAUGAUCAAUUUUAGUCAAAUAGUUUUAGUCGCCAUUUCUCAUCAAUUAUGCAUAUACAUACAAACAAACAACAAUAUACAUAAAGAAGGAAAUGUUUUAAAUUUUUUUGUAAUUUGAAUAAUAUUCAUAAAUAUAUAAAAAAAUUAAUGUUUAUAAAUAAUUAAUUUUAACUAAGGAUUAUAGAAAACAAAUCACACAAAAAUAAAUAAAUAAAUCAAUACUUGA